AUGCCGUCACUUUUCAAGAUGGAAAAACCAGUUGAAAAAAAGGGAAAUGUGGGUCGAUUACUGAGGAAAAUCAACAAAUUCCAGAAUACCUGGAAAAGACUAGAAACUGCGAUAAAAUUUGAAUUACUACAAAAAUACAAGAUGCUCCCCAAAGGAAUUGUGGGAAAUCAGUCAGAGGUCAUUGAGUUCAUAGUGCAGUGUUUUUCCAAUGCACCAGAACUCCAGGUCCCCCUUUUUGUGCUAUUUUUUCUCAUCUACUUCAUCAUUUUAACAGGAAACAUAACAAUUUGCACAACAGUCACAGUGGACCCCCACCUUCACACCCCCAUGUAUUGGUUCUUGAGUAACUUUUCCAUUUUGGAGAUUUUGCACACUUCGGCUAUUCUACCAAAACUUCUAACCAUGCUCAUUACACAGCACAAGACCAUAUCCACCACUGGGUGUAAAAUGCAGUUGUUUUUCUUCAUGGCUUUUACUUGUAUUGAAUUUUUCCUUCUCACGGUUAUGGCUUACGAUCGUUACAUCGCAGUUUGUCUGCCUCUUCGUUAUCACUCACUUAUGAAUCCACAGCUUGGUGCUAAGUAUAUUGCUGCUGUUUGGACCACUGGAUUACUUGACCCUGUUCCCCAUAAUGCAGUAAUAUCACAAUUUUCUUUCUGUUCAUCCAAUCAGAUUGACCAUUUCUAUUGUGACAUCACUCCUGUAUUAAAACUCACUUGCAGUGAUACUUCUACUGUAGAACUUCUGAUUUUCCUCAAUGGGACUUUCCUUUUGUUAAGUACAUUUACCUUUACUUGUAUUUCUUACAUUCUUAUCAUCCAAACUAUUCUGGGAAUUAAGUCCUCUGAAGGACAAAAAAAGGCUUUUUCUACAUGCGCUUCCCAUUUGACUUGUGUGAGUAUCUUCUAUGGAACAAUCUACUGCUUGUACAUGAGGCCAACAACAGCUUACGAUCCAGAGAAGGACAAGUUUUUGUCUCUUUUGAACAUUGUGUUAGUUCCCAUGCUAAAUCCUUUUAUUUAUACCCUCAAGAAUAAAGAAUUUAAAAUUGCUGAAACAUCUAAUAUGCCUAGGUAG